CGUGGAAAUAAGCUGUACCCGAUAGCUCAAGCAGCCGCUCAACUAACCGGUGCUGUCAGAUUCUGGGACCCGCAGCUCGGCUAACGUAGCGAUGGCGCUCCCGCCAUGCGACCAUGGGAAUUGGCGCAGCCACAGUUGACCGGAAAACGGUUAGUUCAAGCUCAAGCUCAACCUCACGCCAGCGCCAAUGCCAAUGCUGAUGCCUCGUAUCAACACACGGCACACGUGCACGCCUUCAUAUCAGGCCGCUCGGUGUCAUUUCAGCGAGGCCUGGAACGCCAGCACGAAUGCAGAGGAUGAUGGAAAAUCGGAGAAGAGGACCGCAUUUUCGAGAUUGCCAAUCUUGACGGCGCAUGGUGACGCCACGGGCAGGGGUGGGAAACAAGGCAUGGGUGAGUUUGAGUUUGCGGUUCCGUGGGGUCGGUGUUUGGCUGCUCUGCCGAGAGCAAAAUGUCGGAGGAGGGGGGGCAGGCAAGGUUGCAGGGGGUUGGUGACUACGUCACUUCUCGAUGUCGUGGUCUGGUGGUUAUCGUGCAGUUGUUUGCUGCUGAACCAACGCGUCGCAGGCUACAUGGCAGAGGCUGUCCGGAGUGGGGAGCGCGCGCUACGCUCGCUCGCGCUGCCUUUGCAGAUUCAGCGGUGUGGCACGGCGUGGGAGCUGGUGUGGUGGUGGUGGAAGCCCAUUCGCACGAUUUCAGCGUCGCAGGCAGCUUAGCCGGCAGGCGGGUCCGUCGCGGAUUCCCAAAUUUGCGUGUCAGCGUGUCGAUAGCUGCAUGCCAUCGCGAUGGCAGCCACAGCGCAUCCCUGCGACGGAAAUUUUCAGCAGAUGGACCUUGGUGGUGACGGUGAUGCAGGGC